UAUCAUUUCAACAGAUAUUUUAUGCGUUAUUAGAUUGAAACAUUUUGUAUUUGAAUGGCAAUCACAUUUGCACGAUACUUAACUUUAUUCGAAAUUUAAAAUGAGUGAUGGGAAACGUUUGGAUGUUAUAAAAUUAGAUGAGAAAAAACUUUGGAAAUUACAUGAAAAAUUAAAAAAAUUGCAAGCUAAAGAAAACGAAACAACAACGCAUUCUGAUAAUAUUAAAAAACCAAUUGAGCGAAAAUCAAAACCUGUCAAAUAUCAAGUUUAUCAACCUGGAGUAACGAGACUUUCGAAUCGUAAACUUGCUGCAAGUUUUGACAGAUCUACAGUAGAAAAUUCAUCACCUGUUGUCAAGGAAACACCAAAAAGUAAAAAUGAAAGUUUGACGAAUUCAACUCCUAGAGGGAAUGAUUCGAUAAAUCAUAGGAAAGACAGUAAAUUAACACCAAAACCAAAUUCAAAUAAGAAUGUGCGAGGACGACGUACUAAUUAUCGAAAUAGGGUUAGCAGAAAUCAGAAACUCAAAGAAGAGCCAGAAGUUGAAGCAGAAGAAGGAUUCUUGACUCGACAUAAAAGAAGACAGAAACAGGGAGAUUGUGUUGAUGAUUUCUCAAGUGAAGAAGAAGCAGAAUUAGAACAUGAUGAUGAACUGGCGUGGGAUAAUUAUGGAGGAUCUGGAUUAGUUCAUCAUGGAUGGAGUCCCCAGGUAACAAAUACGGAAACAUCUAGUCAAGAAGGGGGAGAUUUAUCAGAUUCUGAAUUAUACAAAGAAUUAAGUUUUGAUGAAAAUGUUUGUAAAACGGAAGAAAAGUUGCCGGAAGUGGAUGAAGUACCUGACUCAAGGGAGGAAGGUACAGCAUCAGUUGCUACAAAUGAAUCCAAUAAAGAAUAUUAUAAAGUCACUCAUUCAGUCUCAUCUCAGUCUGAACAAGAUGAUGACAAUGAAGAAGAAUAUGAUGACAAUGAUGAAUUUGAUCAGGAUGAGUCUUCAGUUUCUAAGGGGGAUAAUGUGCAGUCAAAAAGGCAGCUUUAUGAUCCAAAUAACCCUGAUCAACCCAUUGUUAUGGGAAAAGAAAAAAGUAGAAGAGAUGGUGACAAAUACUUUAUACCCAAUUCUGGCGAUAAUGUUUAUAGUCCUACACUGAGUAAAGAAAGAAUGAUGUCUAAAGUUACGCCUACUCGUCCACAGCGCAAGAAAUCACCAGUGAAAAAUUAUACAAGGAGAAAUUCUCCGCCACGAUACUUUGGAAACCGCUAUCAGGAAGAUCACCAUUGGCAAGAAUAUGAAUCUCACAGUCCAGUAGGAAGUCGAAACUAUCACUACUCCACAGAAAAUCUGUCAGAAGAUGAGGAUAGCUUGGUCGCGCAGUCUCGUAACACGCAUCAUCAAUCCAGACUGACGGCAUUACAUGAUGCAGAACGAUAUGAAUCGAUGCUGUCGAAUAUUCUCUCUUCGCCGUCAUUUGAUUCACAUGAAUAUAAUGAAAGUUUGACUAGAGCUCGAAAUAAACUGAAAAUUCUUUAUGAAGGAAUGAUAACAAAUGAUAUUGAAGCAGCAACUAAUAAUAAUAUUGAGCAAAAACUAUGGAGAAAUGUUUAUUACCAGGUGAUAGAAAUACUGAGAGAACAGAUUCGUUCAUGCCCAGAGCAAGAUAGCUCAGAAUUGAAAAUCAAUUUAAUUUUAUUGUUAGACCAAGGUACUGCAUUCUAUGAAUCACUGCUUGAGAAUCUUCAGCAUAAAAAUAGAUUCAAUUUGAAAGAAAUAUUGAACAGUGCAUCCGCUCGGAAAAGACAUAGAACGAAAGCUGGAAAAAGAUCCAAACUUGCGAUACUAAGUUGCCAAAGGAUUUUCAUUUGUCUCGGUGAUAUAGCAAGAUAUAGAGAGCAAGCUGAUCACACUAGCAAUUAUGGAAGAGCAAGACAUUGCUAUCUACAAUCUCAGGUUUUAGCACCAAAAAAUGGUCGUCCUUACAACCAACUCGCAAUUUUAGCUGUGAAAACCCGUCACAAGUUAGAUGCAGUUUAUUAUUACAUCCGUAGCUUGGCAGCAAGCAAUCCCAUCUUAUCAGCCCGAGAAAGCUUGAUGGUACUAUUCGAUGAAAUUCGCAGAAAAAUUGAUUUUAUAAAACAGAGAGAUGACACAGAAGCAAAGAAGCGAUCGACGUCUUCGAAAGGAAAGGAGAGUUCAAAGGUCGCAAAAUCUAGAACGAAUAUAAAUGAAGGGUCGUCGAGACGCUGGGAAGAAGUUUGGAUUCUGCCAGGAUCUGAAGAUGUUUCAACGAAGGGAGUUAAGGCAGAAAAGCAAUCAUCAUCAGAAACAGAUUUACCUGAACUACGUCUUUCUUCUCAAGAGAUGACAAAACACUUUACUUUGUUAUUUUUAAAUCUACAUGGAAAAUUAUUUACUCGUAUCGGACUUGAGAAUUUCGGGGAGAAUUUAACGAAAACAUUACGGAUAUUUGAGGCAACCAAACUUAUGUCUAAUCAUAGACUCCUACAGUUGUUUGCAAUCAAUUUAUUUGCAGUUUUAAAUGCAGAAAAACUUUCCAUUCAUGCAAGAGCGCACGAUUCAUCACAAAAUCAACACAGAGCAUUGAAGUUUGUUUUUUCAAUGUUUACAAUCAUUGUUGAUCAAGUUAACAGGACAUUUAAAGCUGGUUCAGGAAAUGAAGAAUUUGAUCCAUUUGCAUCAGAUGAUCUUGCAAAUUUGUUGCCUUCAAUCAAAGUAAUGUUUGAUUGGAUGUAUGCGAAUAAAAGCUGCUGGUAUCCUCCUCCACUGGAUCUAUCUGAUAAGGAUUUGAAUGUUUGGGACAGUCUGGCUGAAUUAUGCAAUUGGAUUUGUAACCAUUCCUGUACCAGACCAUCUAUACAAAUUUAUAGUGAAUACAAUGAAGGUCUACAUGAAGUAUUCUUACCAGAAGACAGCGAACUGGCUGGAUUUUCACCUCUAGGACAAGCAUUCAGUGAUCCUCGUUUUGUUGAGUCUGGUAUUUUGACACCAGAAAACAAAUCGUAUAUUCAACAAUCUGUUAGAAUCAGUUUGAUUCGAGAUUUCCUGGAAUAUUUAUGUGGAAUGGAAGAACCAUUACUGGCGUUUAAACAAGGAAAUUAUGUCACUGUUCCACAAACGAGAUUGAGGUCUUGGUCAGACAAAUCAGCUCAUGAUGAAAGUUUCACAUCUGAUUACGAUAUUGACGAUUAUACGACAACUGCGGAUAACAAUGAUAAUUUAUAUCAUGAUAGUGCUACAAACCAACAGGCAAAUAAUGAUGGAGAAGAACUGAGUGAAUUGAGAAAAUACAGGGAUUCAUUGCAGAUGACAAAAGAACGCCAUGAACGUCGUCAGAGCCAGAUAAAAAGUUCCCUCGAAUCAGAUGAAAAAUUAACUUUGCAAAUCUGUCCAAAAUAUCUUGUACCUGAUACUAAUUGUUUUAUCGAUUAUUUGAAACUUAUUGAAAAAUUAGUCAGCUGCGGAAAGUACAAAGUCGCUACACCACUAGUUGUCAUUAGCGAGCUUGAAGGCCUUGCAACGGAACGAAAAGGAGAUAAUGAUCAUGCCGAACACGUUUUUCAAAGUGCGAAAAUGGCAGUCAAAUUUAUAAACACAAUCUUUUCUGAUAACAAUUCAAAGUUUUGUGCAUUGACGCGUAGAGGGACAGAACUGAAAUCUUUAAGAUUCCGUAGCGAGGAAUCAACAAACAAUCAUGGAAAUAAUGAUGAUUUUAUACUUGAAAGUACUCAAGCUUAUUCGCAAAGUAUACAAGAACAUGAUAAGUCUAUUAAGACUCUUACAGAUGGCAUUGUACACACAAGUGUGGUGCUUUUGACAAACGAUAGAAAUUUAAGAUUGAAAUGUUUAUUAUUAAGGAAUGUAGCAACGAAAAAUAUUCAGGAUUUUUGUGCUUGGGCAAAAGUUUGAUGGUUAAUUUUUACAUAGAAGAAUAUAACAAAUCUACCUUAUCUUCAGGGCUGUAGAUUCUGAAAAAAACAAGUAGGCCUAUCAUUCGCCUCAGAGGUAUGUUUAAACGAAAGACUAAGUAGUCUUGAAUCUGUAUUUAGAGAAUUCACCACUAACUUCGGAAUUGGUGUUGGUGAAAUCUAUACAACAGAAAUUAUGACGUUUAGAAGUCUUUUUAAUCUGUUAAAAAAUUCCAAUUGCCAUCUUUCAGAAAACUUUCAUCUCUAUAGCUCUGUUCGUUUUGUAUGUAAAUAAAUUUUCCAAUUACUUUUGCGAAAAUGAAGAAAAUUCAUACAACACUUGAAUUCCUAAUUGUGUUCAAUCAUAGGAUCACUAAUAUUAUUUAUGUGUACAAGAAACAAUAAUUGCAAAAAAACUUUUAACAUAGGAAUUGUUGAUAUAGAUAAAUGAUAAUUACAUGAUUGGUGACACAAAGACUACCAGUGUUUAAAAUUUAUUAACAUAUUUAAUUUGCAUUAAAAGUAGAACCUGAUUUUAUUUAUUAUUGGGUUGAAAUCGUACAACAUUUGAAUUCCUAAUUGUGUAAAGUCAUAGGAUCACUAAGAUUAUUCACAUGUACAAGACACAAUAAUUGCAAAAAAACUUUUUUUAACAUAGGAAUUGUUCAUAUAGAUAAAUGAUAAUUACAUGAUUGGUGACACAAAGACUACCAGUGUUUAAAAUUUAUUCACAUAUUUAAUUUGCAUUAAAAGUAGAACCUGAUUUUAUUUAGUAAGGGGUUGAAAUCGUGCCAAAAAUAGGUUCAAUUAUUCAGCAAUGUUUUUAGAGCGAAAGUGGAAAAAAAUAAGUGAAAAUCUAUCAUAAGCUUUUCCUUGAGAAACUCCCCAUUGAGUCACUUUAGCUGCUCCAAUUAGACACGCUUUUUAUCAUUACAUCUAUAACUAGGCCUAUUUCAUUUGAACAAGCUUGACUAGGUUAUGUGUAGAUAAAUCUUCAAGGAUCUGCCAUCAUGGGAUGUUUAACCUCAAGUUUUGUAAUUUUAUAUUUUUAAUGCUUUUCGUCCUUGCGUUUAUGCUUCGGUGUGGUGAUAUUUCGUUGUGUGGUCAAAGGUGUCAAGCGCAUUAAAAGUCUCGUUACCUGUGCACUUUUUCUAUGUGAACAAUAGUACAGUUUUGUUUGAACUUUCUCAAUAUUCAGGUAGUCAUAUUUUAUAAGCUUUCUAUAUAUAGUUUUCGUGUAUUCACUGUUUGGAUCACUUGUGUCAUCAAGCAUGAGCGUUGUUCAUAAAUUGACGCUGGAAUGCAAUUUAAGGGGUACCUGUGGGAUGUAUACUGUACUUUUAUAUAGAAUGAUCAUAAUUGGAAUUUUUUUAGGUAAAGUCAAACGAAAUAUUUAAGGGCUAGUAUUAUUCCGAAUAGUUUUUUUUGCAUGAUAAAAUUAGGAGUUGUGUUAAUUUUUACUUGAUAAAAACUGACGAUGGUUAGGACACCAAACAAGCAAAAGGGUUGGUAUUGUUCAUUUCUGAAUGAAAAAAAAUCAUAAUUUUUUGGAAACACGAGGAUAAUUAUAGUAGGUAAUAUUUAUUAACUUAACCGCUGCAAACUGUCUUUUUACGUUUUAUAAAUAUUUUUGUUUGUUUGUUAUACAUUGCUUCUAAUUGCCUUAACACGUACAAUAUUGUGUAUUACUGUGUGUUGAAUAAUCUGCUUGCUGUUUUCGGAGCUGAACAUUGUUAUUGCUGUAUUUUAUUAGUUCUUGGAGUGCCUUUAUGCCACAAUUGGCCUUUUUAUAUUAUUUUUUACCAUUUAUCUCAUUCAUUUAGUUCAAAUUAGGAAGUCAAAAAUUUCCAGAUUUGAAGCAGUGCAUAUUGAAAUAUUUUAAUUUGUGGCUAUUAUAGUAUCUGAAAUUUGUUGAGAAAUGCCGGAAAAAUAUUUUUCUUAAUCCGUUUUAUAAUACGACCAGGUCUCUCGUUAUUCAGCAUGUGUUUGAGGUUUUAGGAAUUUUAUUUUACGUUUUUAUUUAUUCUGUAAGUUUAUUUUUUCACUUUUAGCCUCAUUUUGGUGCCUUAGCAUGUAAUUUAUUGCUGCAAUAUUGUAUUGUUAUAGCAAAUUAUGCUAUGUUCAAUAAUAUUUCUUUGUAAUAUGCUGAAUAAAAAUUCAAAGCUUCCGGAUAUAAAAAUUGA